UCGAAAGGAGAACACCUCUUACAUGGGUGCAUUCCUUAUUGAACUCUGUUUAAAGUUUGAGUUCGAUAUAACUGUACCUUAUCAGUUCAAUACGUUAAUAUUAAGACAUCAAGAUUCAAUCAGCGUUUCUAUAUGGAUGGUAGGUGGUUGGUUGUGUUAUCGCUAAAAGACUUGUGUUAAUUCUUCUUUGUGUGCACAGGGACGAUCUGACCAUGGACGACCUGUUUGCCAAGAAAAAAGAAUCGGGCGCCAUAUUGGAUCUGUCCAAGUCGGUUGCCAAUUCAAAGGAAGAGCUUAGGAGGAUCUUGGAUAAGGUGCCAGAUUUCAAAAUAAGAGCCGAGAAGGUGCCGGUCGAGAAUAUCAAAGUGAAGGACAAAACUUUCAAGUUCAAAUCUUGCAAAAACGAUUUGAAAGCUAUGAAGGACAAAUACCCGUUCUUGAAUCCACUGCCCAAUGAAUUGAGUUCAUUGAAAAUCAGUGAUCUAGCGUCAGUGUCGAUUGACUGGAGAAUGUUGACAUCGGCUAGGCCGAAAACUAAAUCGGAAGAAAAUUACUUCUCCAGAAUAAUAGAAUUGGCGAAACUAGAACGCAAAACACGUGAACAGGAAAAAAGACAAUAUCUGAAGGAUCCUCAAAUAAAGAAAUAUAAAAAUAGAGCUGGAGUUUUGGAGACAAGAAUUGCAACCUGUUCUGAAUGCGGAGAAGAAUUCUGCAAUGGGGAAGUUUGCACCAAAUUUUCAUACGAUGCGUUUGCAAGAGUUCCUGAAGUUGCUCCAAAAGCAGCCGUUAAAAAAACUGUAGAAAGUGUUGAAAGUUUCAAGAAAAAAAUAAAAAGGAGAGGAAGGUCCAAGAGCAAGUCCAAAAGAGAAAAAUCCCCACGAAAAAAGACCAAAUCACCAAGAAAAAAGUCUCAAACCAAAAAGAAAUCAAAUAUAUAACAAUUCGAAAUUUUGGAAGGAAAAAUACAUGAGUAAUUUUCUGUAUAAAAUUUGCUUCUCCGAGUACCUUUUCAGUGUAUAGGUAUCAGUUAUAAAACUUGUAGUCCCUUCAAUAGAAAAAGUUGAAAAGACAUUACGAAUUCGGGUGAUGUUUUAUAUGCCUACCUAUUUAUAAUACUUAUAUCUUCUUAUGAUCAUUGCUACUUCAAAAAUUUUUAUCAUUUUGUAAUAAAGAUUUUGAAAUAAAAA